GACGCUGUCCUUUAUAACUCUUGUACUCCGUCCAGCACCGAUUUGCUCCAUUUCCCCUCCGUGCCCAUCUCUUGCAGCGACCAAGACACUCCAGCCAUCAAAGCGCUGACUACUAGCGCACGCGAGUAACACAAUCGAAGCUUCCCGCCACAGCCCACCUCAGCACUUCACCGCGUCAUGCCAGUACCAAGAGUCAUAAAGCUUCUCGUUAUUUCUGACAUUAUCUGCCCAUGGUGCUACAUCGGCCAGCGCGAGAUGGAGCGGGCCAUCGAGAUGUGCAGUGACCUGCCCAUCCAGGUCGAGGUCGAGUACCGCCCUUACCGCAUCUACCCCUCCCUCAAGGACGGCCAGUUCCUCGACAGGUGCGAGUGGUUCGAGUCGAGGUUUGGAAAGGACAAGAAGGAGCAAAUGGAGCGGAUGAUCAUGCAACGUGCCCACGAGCUGGGUAUGAAUAUAAAAUGCAUGGACGGCAUCAUCACCCAGACCACUCUCGCCCACAGGCUGUUGCUCAAGGCCUGGAAGAUCGGCGGCCAAACAACCCAACAGGCUGUCCUAACAGCCAUAUUCAGGGGCUACUUUGAAGACCAAGCCAACAUCGGCGACACAAACGUCCUUGCUGAUAUGGCUGUUGCGACAAAUCUCAUGACGAAAGAGGAGGCAGUCGAGUUUUUGGAAUCCGCCGAGUGCUUGGAUGAGGUCGAGCGAAUGAUGAACGAGGCCCGGAAGAAGGGUGUGAACGGCGUGCCCUUCGUCGUGAUUGACGGCAAGUGGGCGGUGAGCGGCGGACAGACCUCAGAAGUGUAUUCGCAGAUCUUCAAAAAGCUUGCCAACUGCGAGCCGACGACGCCACGACCUACACACGCUGCACCCGCGGCUGCGAGCGUUUCUCUCAAGGCAUGAGUCUUUCACUAUCGGGACUUGUCCGGUUUCUUUGUGUCCCAACGAUAUCCACUUCGACAUUAUUCGUUGCAAGCCGUUUUAUCAUUAUUCUGGGGCGGAGCGGACAGCCACUUUCCUCCUAUCUCCUUGCAUGGCUCUCCUCAUCUUGGCCUUUAGCUUGUGUUGUAUAUUAUGCGCCUUGUUUUCCUCUCUCACUCUCCGUUGUUUCUCUCACUCCGUCUGCACACACACAGAGACCAUCCGUACACAUUCAUGACGCAGCGCGCAGAUCAUGGCUUUCCAUUGCUCUCCCUAGCAUACUAUCCAAUCUAACUUUA